AUAUUUUAUGUGUUAACGGAUUAGAACAUUUAAGUUGUUGUAGAUGCAAGGUGUGGAAAAGUUGGACAAUAUUUAAUAAUAGUGGAGACAGUAAAUAAACACAUUUUAAUGAGCAUUCUGUAGGUUGUACAUGUGUUCCAAAGUACGACGGUAUGAAAUGACCUUACAAUAGGACAAAGAGUAGUGCGCUCAGAAGAACGAAACAACAUAUAUUAGUUGACCUCGGAUGAAAUGAACUGUUAAGCGGAGCAACGUCGUGAAAAAUAGAGUUUUUUCAUGUCCAAACAACUGUGCUAAAAAACUGUUGCUAUUUUCAAAGAGAACUGCUGAAGUCAAGAAUAGUGGGAACAAGAAAGUAGCGAAGGACAACAAUUUUCUCUCAAAGACAAUAUUUUCUCGAGACGCAUCCGACUACAUUCCGGCAGAUAAUAAUGCCAAGGAUGAUUACAGAGACAUCAACGUAUGAUAACAGAUAUAUAAUGUCUAUGAUAUAUCAAAGUACACUCAGAGAGAAAGCAUAUAAACACAAUUUGGAAAUUGGCUCUAUCAUUUAACCACUUUAAACUUAAAUGCUUGUGUACUUUUGACCACCUUCGCGGAAACACUACUGGAAAUGGAUUUCUUAUCUGAUACAAAUGUCAAUGAAACUAUCUGUAACACUAGUAUAUCUAACAACACGACUUCUUUGUCAGAUGUAUUCUUUAGAAAUGAAAGUGAUUUAGAUAAAUACAGAAACGAGUAUGACACUGCAGUCUCCGUGAUAUUUUAUUUUAACAUGACAGAACGUGUUAUAUCAUUCUGUGGUGUGCUCUUAAACCUUGCAACAAUUAUAAUACUCAUGUCACUCAAGGGAUCACUGAAGACCCAAUUGAAACUGAUAAUGAGCCUAGCUAUAUCCGACAGCUUAAUAGCUCUAUUUCACUUUUUGUUAACAUUUUACAAUUUCCCAAACGCAUGGAAAUUAUUCAGAAAUCUGUUUGUCACUACAUGGACAAAACCAAAUAUCCCAAAGACGGUAUUUGCUUUCAUAUACACCACGACACAAUUUGCAGGUCUCGGAACAAUGUUUGCAAUAUCAGUGGAUAUAUUGAUAAAGGUACAAAAACCUUUCCGUUAUAAGACAUUAAUGUCAAAAAGGCGCGGAAACAUAAUUGUUACAUGUUUGUGGCUAGUACCAAGCUUUCUGCUGGCAGUCGUUGCUCUUCUUUUAUUUCAGUUCGGCAAUUUAAACAUUUCAAUAUUAGUUCUUUUUGGCAGUGUGUUUUACUGCUUCUUGUGUCUAUUAUUCUUCUUUAUAUUUUUGAUAAUCUACACAAUAAUACUGUGUUCAGUAAAGUCUUUUAUUCAUAGACAGCCGUCUAGAUCUAGGCAUACCAUUAAGAAAACGGCAAUCACAUUUUUUCUUAUUAUUGCUACAUAUUUCAUUUGCAUUUUGCCAAGUAUCUGGAUAUUUCUACUCAUAUUUACAAAUGUAGUUGAUUCACUUUCGGAUUUAGUCGUUAUCAUAAAUAUUGUAAGUUGUGUUUACACUCUGAACACGGUAUUAGACCCGGUAAUUUAUGCUUAUAGAAUUCAAGAGAUAAAUAAUCGAUAUGAAACAUUAUUUAGAAGAUGUCGUUGUAUACAAACUGACUUGGAUGGUUUUAAUCUGUGAGGAGAUGACUAAAUGUUUCAAAUAAAUGUUAUCAAACUACAUAAACAUAACUUAUAAACUGCUAAACCGAACUGCUUUUGUUAAACAUAUGUGGAGUUUGGGUCAUCAGGUCGUUUUUGUUUUGAUUCAAAAAGAACGUUUCUGGGAGGUCGAUAUAAUUUCUAACCAAAUGUAACAGUUGUUCACUUUAAUAGAUUAUAAUCUGGUUGUAAAGCAUUAUCUUUAACUUCAUUUGGAUUAUUAUGAAUUAAAGUCAGACGUCUUUUGGUCAGCUAGAUGAAAUGUAAUACGAGUACAUUGAAUAUAUUUAUUAUUAUUGGAUUUUUGUGAUUGAUUUGUACAUUAUAUUAAUGAAUGUAUAUUGUAUACUUAUAUAUUUUCAUAUUUGACGCUUACUUUUCAUUUCGCUAACUGUUGACAUCUUUGCAUUAUAUGUAAUAUGUAUACAAUUAUGAUUAUAAUUUUAUGACAGUAUGUGGUCAAUUAAUAUUAGUGCAUUACUAGGUCCAAAUCUAUAUAAUGGAAUAUUAUAUAUAUAUAUCAUUGGACUUACAUUUACGAAAUCAAUACAUGUGAAUUAUAAGUUUUUUCUUCUCUUUUAUAUA